GUGUUUUCUAUUCUCUAUAUAAGAAUUUCCUAUAAUACGAUAUAAAACGGAUAUACAUUGUAAUUUAUAUCUUUAAAUAAUGAAGUAAUUGUGUUAGUGAGAAAUGGUUGUUGCAACAGUAAAAAUCAGUGACGUGGCUCUUUGACGUAUGAGUUGAGGAGAAUACUUUUUUCUCUCCCCCUCAUUCUCUCUUUUUUAUCUCUCUCCCACUCAUUAUGAUUCAUUCUUAUAUGUGAAUUGUCGCAUUCUUGUCUAUCUCACUCUAGUUGUACUCAGUUGUACCUUUUGCGCUGUACCCAUUGCAGAUAGCCAGUUGUUACUAAUUCGUGUUAUUGUUAAGAUUCACCAAGAGUCGAGUUUAUAAUUUGCUAUUUUCAAUUCUCCCAGGAAAUAUAAUAAAAUCGAUUAGAGGACUGAUAAGAAAGUAGAAAAGUAAACAAAAUGAGUUACGGCUAUCAGGGGGGACCGCCAGUGACGCCAUUUUCGGGACAAAAUCCACCGACGUCCUUUGGUCUUCCUCCAGGUACACCCUCUGCCCCGAGUGCUCCGCCUAAUAAUCCAGGUGGCAAUUUAGGUUUCUCACGACCUCCGGCAUCUUUCGGAAUGCCUCAACCUAAUAAUUCUUAUCCUUCCGGUCCAGCGCCUUAUCCCUCAUCUUCUCCUUAUUCUUCUUCUGGUCCUUACCCUUCUUCUGGUCCUAAUCCAUCUUCUGGUCCUUACCCUUCUUCUGGUCCUUAUCCUUCUUCUGGUCCUAAUCCAUCUUCUGGUCCUUACCCUUCUUCUGGUCCUUAUCCUUCUUCUGGUCCUAAUCCAUCUUCUGGUCCUUAUCCAUCUUCUGGUCCUUAUCCUUCUUCUGGUCCUAAUCCAUAUUCUGGUCCUUAUCCCUCUUCGGGUCACCAUCAGAAUUCUUAUCCAUCUGCAAAUCCCUAUCCAAACCAAGGACAUGUUCCCAGUUCGAUGCCUUUUCCUCAACAACAACAACAACAACCACGACAGCAAUGCUAUCCUCAAGCAGGAAUGCCAAUGCCUAUAGGAAUGCCUCAGCAUCAGAGUCAUCAAAUGGGAAUGCCUCAACCUCAAAGCAUGAAUUUAAAUCAAUCUUCUAAUUCCUAUUCGCAUUUACCACCGAGAAGUGGUGGCAUUUAUCCUGAUUUAGAUCAGAAUUUAGGAAAUCCUUCCUACUGUCCUAAUUCUUCGUCCCUUCCUCGAACUCCAGUUUCAUCUCCAUACUUAGGCGGGAGCUAUCACGGGGGGCAGGGGACUGGGGCUAAUUUUCCACCACAAGCUGCUUCGAGGUCUUCUUAUUCAACUCACUAUGCUGCCCCAACCCCCCGGAUAACUAAAGCCAAACCCAAGAUUUCACCGACCGUUGUGCCAGAGGAGGACUUCGACCCACGAGCUGACGCUGAAGCAUUACGAAAAGCGAUGAAAGGUUUUGGAACCGACGAGAAGGCAAUUAUAAAUGUCUUGGCUUAUCGUCCCAAUAUGCAACGACAGGAAAUUGAACUUCAAUUCAAGACUCUUUACGGAAAGGAUCUUAUCAAGGACUUGAAAUCCGAGCUCUCAGGAAAUUUCGAAAAUCUUGUUCUUGCUAUGAUGACACCCUUGCCUCAAUUUUACGCAAAAGAAUUACACGAAGCAAUGUCAGGUGUUGGUACCGAUGAAAAUGUACUCAUUGAAGUUCUUUGCACACUUUCAAAUCACGAAAUUAGUGUCAUUAAGUCAGCCUACGAGUCGAUGUUUGGCAAACCAUUGGAAGAUGAUAUAAUGGACGACACUUCAGGACAUUUUAAGCGUUUGAUGAUUUCCUUGUGUUGUGCCAAUCGUGACGAAUCAUUUAAUAUUGAUCCAGAAGCCGCUCGAGAAGACGCUAGACAACUUCUUCAAGCUGGUGAACUUCAAUUUGGAACUGACGAGUCUGUAUUUAAUGCGAUUCUCGUACAGAGAAAUAUUGCUCAAUUGCAUCAAAUUUUCUCGGAAUAUGCAAAUAUCACAGGACACGAUAUUGAAGAAGCAAUUGAGAAUGAAUUCUCCGGAGAUAUUAAGAAAGCUCUUGUUGCAAUCGUGAAAGUUGUCAAAGAUCGAGCAGGAUUCUUUGCAGAACAACUUUAUAAGAGUAUGAAGGGAAUUGGAACGAACGAUCGACGUUUGAUUCGUCUUGCUGUCACUCGGUCGGAAAUUGACAUGGGAGAGAUUAAAGAGGCUUUCACGGAAAAAUACGGAAAAUCGUUAGAAGACAUGAUUUCGGGAGACUGUUCUGGACACUAUAAAAAAUGUCUGCUCGCUCUUAUUUCGUAAUCCACCAAUAUUUAUUGGUUUACAUUUGUCCUUUCAUGUUAAUUGUCCGUAAUCUUGCAUUUUUCGAUAACUAAUUAUUAUUAAUAGAUGUUUUCGAUUGAUGUGCGUUGCAAAAGAAUCUCAAGUAAAUUUUGAAAAUAAUCUCUUCACAGUAUUGAAAAAAAAAAAUAUUCUAUACAAUAUUCAAUUACUAAAGAAAUUUUAGCCAAAAAAAUAUAUUCUUAGCAGGAAUGCGAAAUUGAAUAGAAUGAAAAAAAUACACUGAUAGAACGAUAAAAAUACAUCGAAAUUAUAGACAAUUGAAUGUAUUUUUUAAAAAAAAGUGAAAAAAUUCCGUCUGAAUUGACUAAAUUUUAGAGAUCUUCAAAAUUUUUUGAUCAUAUUAGUUUUCUGAAGAUGGUAAAUACUUUUUCUUGUAUACAUUUAUAUUCUUUAUUUAUUAAAAAUUAUUUAAUUUUCAUGUACUUUCAAUUUUACUAUAAAACGAAUUUUAUUUUAUUUACUAAUAAAUUAUUAAUAAUUUAUUUUUUUAUUUAAAAAAAAUAUUAAAAAGUAAUAAAGUGGACUAUUUAUAGAAAAUCAUUUUUGUUGCAAAUUAAUUUUGAAGAUCUCUAAAUAAUCAAGAAUAGUAAUGAAUUCAAAUCAUAUAUUGAUAUACAUUUUUAAAAUGUACUUGCAAUUUUUAAACGAAUGUUCCUAAACUCUUAACUGUGACCAAAAUGUGUUUAAAAAUUCUAUUUAAAAGUAUUGUAAAUUUUUAUGUCGCUGUGCCAACGAUGUUUGAAUAUUGAUUCCUUUUAAAUUUAUUCGACUUUAGAAAGUAUAUAUUUUUAAACAUUUUUGCUAUACAUUGCGAAAUUAUUAUAUUAUAUUAUACUUAUAUAUAAAUAUAUUUUGUGGUAAAAUUUUGAAAAUUUACAUUUAAAUAUUAAUGUUCUUGUUCUGACUGCACUUUUUAGUGUUACACAUAAUGGGUUAGACCACCCUGACGACAUGAAAAUAAGGCAUUCGGGAAAAAUUAAAAAUACAUAUAGUAUAGGAUUUUUUGUGAGGCACUUGUCGCUUGACAUUCCUUGAUGGUGGCCCUGAUUCAGCUCGUAAUUUUUUAACGAAGUAAUCUUCUCCUAAAGUGAAAAAAUGUCUUCUUUUUGUUGAGCAAAAACAAUUCAAUUUUUAAAAAGUUUCAGGGUGGUCUAACCCCAUAAUUGUUUUGUAAUAAUUCUCUCGAUUUGAAAUACAAUAUUUUCAUUAUGAA